AUGUAUUGGAUGGCCCUGAGCUCUCAGCCUAGACUCCACAGCAAUAUUCGGUUCAAUCCAGGAGUGGCCGGACCAUACCCCCAGCAAGGCAGUGAUUCACAGAUGCGGAACCUCGGGCGGGAUGAUCGCAUUGCUCGACACGGGACGGAGACCGCUCAGUAUGCGUUUGGUCACCUGGAUGGUGCCGCAAGCGUCGGCUUGAAUGCCGGGGGCAGGCUUUGCUGCAUGUGCUGCGAGUCGCUUGGCAAGCUGUCGUGCAAAAACUGGUGCUUUCUCAUUCUCGGCGUGAUGAUUUUCCUCAUGUCAUUCUCGGUCCAUCAGCAGGCAAGCACUUUCGUCUUCGUGCUCUGGUUACUUUUCCUGGUUGGUUGCGGUGGUGCAGUUUUCUUUGCAUGCAAGAAGUGCAAGGCCACCGGGAAUGGACCUGGACAAGAACCUGGUCCAGCUGCGCAGGUGCCAGGAGCUGUUGACGCGACAGAAGCAGAGCCAGCGCCCCACGAACCUGAUGAUGUUGAAGUGAAGCGAAGCUUGUCCGGCGACCUGAGCUCAGCUGGACAAGCUGCUUGUCCAGCUGAGCAAGUUCCAGGCGCUCGGGCUUUUGCUUCGCCAGAGCUGCAGCGAGCACCUCACCAAUGCGAUGAUGCUGAAGUGCAGGGGAGCUCCUCUGGCGACGUGCCAGUUGCACAGCUUGUCGAACUGUAG